AUGGCGGACCCAAAUUGCUCAAAUAUCAUAAAGGACUACCCCAUUGCAAAUGGCCUCGACGCUUUCCGUGCUUCGUUUAGUUCGAUCUGCGAAGCCAGGCAUGUCCCGCGAGGUCCAGACGCGCUAGAGCGUCUUGGUCAAGAAGACCUCCAGAAUAUUGUUCUCGACCUUCUCUCUACGUUACAGAUUCAUCCAGCUGCUCGACUGCUCCGUUCUACCGGAGAUGGUAAAACCCUCUUCGGCGAUUUGUUGCAACUCAAUUCCGCUGUCAACUCUGGCGAGUUCGACUUCGACCGUAUCAAGCCGCUUGUUAAAUCGGCCCUCGCCGACAUUCCUGAUGACAUACUCAUCUGGAUUCAUGUCUAUCGUGCCGUCACCGAAUCUACCCCGCCUCCCCGACCUAUAUCUUCGUCUAUCCAACAAACACCGUGGAGCCAGAAUACAAGCGGCUUCGUGAACUCGUCGGAAUUCCGCCAGAAUGUGGACCCGAUCCUCAAGUUGGAGCUCGAACGUCUCUAUGUCGGACUUCCCAAGUGUAUUGAAGGCGAUAAUCCACUCUUUAAAGAGGGAUGGAGUGGAUGGCCUGCAGGCGCCAGAGAAAACGACCCGAGGACACCACUGCAGGGCUCCACAGGCAAACGCAGCCUUGAUAUCGGCUUUGUCAAUAGCGACAUCACGUACAAGCCUGACUCUGAGGAUUCGAGAUAUCGUCUGGGAGUUCGACCGACUUGGGGAAUCGCCUCCGAACAAUUCGACAUCAACAAGAAGGAUGGUGGGUUACAGUUUGUGACCGCAAUCCUCGGGUUUCUACGGAUGAAUGAUGAGGUGCUUGGGUUUGACCCUACCAUUGUCAUGUCCAACGGCGAACGGUAUAUUGAGAUUGAACGUGAUGGCCAAACAGCGCGUCUCAUCAUUGACAAGACCGUUCGCGUCCACGGUGCGGAUGAUGACGUCCAAAACAAUGUUCGAAAGGGAUUGGACAUCACCAAAGCCACGAAUUAUCGACCAGGACGUGCGAUGUUGCCGGCGGCGAGCGCGUCCAUUGUGUCGCGCAAACAGUUAAAGCGGCGCCGGCGUGAAGCGACCGUCCAGCGAAACUGA